AUGCCGAAACGGCAGCGCAGCGAUGAGAAGGCGGCGCACCAUGUCGAACUUUCUGUGGAGUCAGGGAGGCGGUUCGACGCGUACAUACGCGGUUGGAUGCAGGGUACUGUUGAGCAGCCGCUUCUUCGUCCGUCUUUGCUACCCCCACUAACUCCAUUGCCGACUCUUGCAGGACCUAGUAAGUCAUGUGCCGCGCAAGCUCCAGCAACAUCAGCUGCUGCCACCACUGUCGGCGACUUAUCGCGCCUCUGCGAGUGGACGCCACCGUCCCCGAUUAUGCCGGCGUCGCGUACUGCUGUUGUGUACGACACGUCUAUGCUAGAUCACGUUUCUCCGGAUGCUGGAGACUUCGAGCGUCCCGCGCGGCUGCAAAGCACCCUUGACCACCUCACCGCCAUCGGCCUCCUGCCAUGCUGCCGGCGCAUCCCCGCGCGUACUGCGAAGAAACACGAGCUGCGUCGCGUGCACUCUAGGGAAUUGAUCGACACCAUUGAUCAGCUUGACUUCUUCAUGGGCAUACAGGAAGGUCGAGGAGGUGUCAUUGGGCAAGAUCUUUUCGCCAGCGAGCACACCUCCCGCGCAGCGCGGAUGGCUGCCGGGUGCGUCAUCGAGGCCGUCAAAGCUGUGCUCAGCGGUGCAGCUACCAAUGCCUUUGCCAUAGUUCGCCCGCCUGGCCACCACGCUGGUCCUGUUAACGCCGCUGGCUUCUGUCUUUAUAACAACGUCGCGGUAGCUGCGCGCGCGGCUCAGGCGGAGCUGGUUGCCGCACAGGGGGAGCACAACCCCGCUGGUGACACGCAGCAGCCGCACAUCCUUAUCCUGGACUGGGAUGUCCAUCACUGCGACGGCACAGAGAGCAUUUUCUACGACGAUCCAUCUGUGCUGGUCAUCUCGCUUCAUCAGUAUGGCAACGGCCACGGUCACGUGCUACGGAAGGUUUCCUCGGCUGCGGCGAAGCACCCGGCGGAAAUCUCAACCCCCAGCAAGGAGGACAUCACCGCUGAUGACCUGGCAGCGCUGCUUUCGGCCGGCACCAUCGAACCACCGCCGGUCUCUGCGCCAGAAGCGUCCCGCCCCGAGGCAGCUUCAGACCCACCACAAGACUCAACAGAGGGCCGCCGCGUGCGCGCCGCGGUCGACUACAACAGCCUCGCGGCCCAGAUAGAGAAGGAGGACGACGCCGAAAUCGCUGCCCUCUUCGGAGUUGAUCUGAACACGGCGUCCUCCAGCAGCAGUAACUCCUCCUCGGCCUCAAACUCGUCAUCCGUCAGCGCCGACAGUACAAGCGUUGCAAGGAACGACACACGCCCCGUCCACUACGCAGGCGAUACCGUCGGCCUCUCCUUCGACGAAACACCUCUUCAACGCGCCACCGGCACCGAGGAGGAGGAGCUUUUUUACCCUGGUACGGGGCACCUCAACCGCGUCGGCGGUGACGCUACGCCCGCGGCGCAGGGGCGUAACAUCAACAUCCCGUGGCCCACGCACGGCAUGGGCGAUCUCGAGUACUUGCAGCUUCUCCAUGAGGUUGUCCUUCCUGCAGCGCGCGAGUUUCGACCGGAGCUGGUGCUGAUCAGCUGCGGCUUUGACAGCGCCAGCGGAGAUCUGCUCGGUUCCAUGCGCCUUACCCCGUCCGGGUACUACAUUAUGACACGACUGAUGGCACAGAAUUUUCCUAGGCUCGUGGUUGCCCUGGAGGGCGGCUACAACGUCCGGAAUGUGGCGCUGUGCUCGGAGGCGGUGAUGCGUGCGUUGCUGGAGAGCAGCGGCUGCCAAUGUGAUCGACUGCCAAAAAGCCGCAUGCUCUGGUGUCAAGCAUCGAGUCUCGUUGCGCAUAUUAAGAGGAUGCAUGCACCGUAUUGGAGCUGCUUUUCCCAGAACGUUUGA